AUGGAGGCGCCGCCGGGGCCGGAGCCCAUGGAGCUGGACGCGCCACCGCCCCCCGCCGCCGUGGCGGCGGCGGCGGCGACCGCCGGCAUCAGCGAGAAGAAGAAGGAGGAGGGCGGGGGCGACGCCGUGACGGGUCACAUCAUCUCCACCACCAUCGGCGGCAAGAACGGCGAGCCGAAGCGGACAAUUAGUUAUAUGGCGGAGCGAGUUGUAGGAACUGGUUCUUUCGGGAUUGUGUUCCAGGCUAAGUGCUUGGAGACGGGGGAAACGGUGGCCAUCAAGAAGGUGUUGCAGGACCGGCGUUACAAGAACCGUGAACUGCAGCUUAUGCGCGCAAUGGAACACCCCAAUGUCAUCUGCCUGAAGCACUGCUUCUUCUCAACCACAAGCAGGGAUGAGCUGUUCCUGAAUCUUGUUAUGGAGUACGUCCCUGAGACACUCUACCGUGUGCUCAAGCACUACAGCAAUGCUAACCAGCGGAUGCCAUUGAUCUAUGUGAAGCUUUACAUCUAUCAGCUUUUCAGAGGGUUAGCUUAUAUUCAUACUGUUCCAGGAGUCUGCCACAGGGAUGUGAAACCACAAAAUGUUUUGGUUGAUCCUCUCACUCAUCAAGUCAAGCUAUGUGACUUUGGAAGUGCAAAGGUUCUGGUUCCUGGUGAACCGAACAUAUCAUACAUUUGCUCUCGCUAUUAUCGUGCUCCUGAGCUCAUAUUUGGUGCAACCGAGUAUACAACUUCAAUUGACAUAUGGUCAGCUGGAUGCGUUCUUGCAGAGUUACUUCUUGGUCAGCCACUGUUUCCUGGAGAGAGUGCUGUUGACCAGCUAGUAGAGAUAAUCAAGGUUCUUGGUACUCCAACCCGUGAGGAAAUACGAUGCAUGAACCCCAACUAUACUGAGUUCAAAUUUCCUCAGAUUAAGGCUCAUCCUUGGCACAAGAUUUUCCACAAGAGAAUGCCUCCAGAAGCCAUAGACCUUGCUUCCCGUCUUCUCCAAUAUUCACCAAGUCUACGCUGCACUGCUCUUGACGCAUGUGCACAUUCCUUCUUUGAUGAGCUACGAGAGCCCAAUGCACGCCUGCCAAAUGGUCGUCCAUUCCCUCCUCUGUUCAACUUCAAGCAUGAACUAGCCAGCGCCUCUCCAGAACUCAUCCACAGGCUCAUACCGGAUCAUAUCAGACGGCAACAUGGCCUCAACUUUGCGCAUGCUGGGAGCUAAAGGGCACCGCGACGCCACCGUUUUGUUCGUUUAUUUUUCCAUGAGCUGGACAUUGCAAUCCUAGAUGACUCCAUUGUCCUGGACUUGGACUCCAUCUCAGAUUGCACCAUCCAUGUUCCAUGAUCCAUCCAUCCGUCAAGCCAUUUCCGCAAGGACUCAGUACCAGAGAAGAAGUACAAUUAUGUAAAUUAUCUAACCAUGGAGAAAUGCGUGCUGCUGCUGCUGGUGUUAAGUACGUGACGGGGCAUGCUGGUUGAGUAGUAGGUAAGGUUAAGGAUAAAUGUAGUUGGUGGAGACUGAGAGACAUGUUAAGCUAGGGAACCCUGCUUUCCUUCUUUUUUUUUUCUCCUUUCAUUUUGGUUUCUUCCCAUUUUGUGAUCCUUAGCAUUGCCCUACAGUAGUGUAGCUGCUCCCUGUUUUUGUUUGCUCUUUCAUCAUGUAAAUGCCAAUCCCAAUCGCAAUGAACCCUCUUUCCUUCA